UUGGUCAAUCAUUCGUUCACGACGACAAGUUUCUAGCCGCCGUUGGAUCUGUGUCUUCCGUGUUUCACGCACUUAGUAGAAUCUUGGUAGGCCUAAUUCAACAAAAAAGUUCUUACAAGUCAACUGUAUUAAUUUUGUUUGGAAUGAAGACCGUGUUACUAUUCACGCUGAUCGCGACAUCUACCGGAGGGAAAGUGAUGUUUCUAAUAUGGGUUUGUGGUUUGUACGUCGCCUUUCCAAUCUGUUUUGUUUGUAUCCCUGCAGUUGUUUCUGAAGUGUUUGGAACAAAAUACACCGUCGUCAUCUUUGGAAUGAUUCUCUUUAUAGCGGGUGUCUCGAGUAUCGUGUGGCCUGUUAUCUUUACUACAUUAAUUCCAAUAUUUGGAUGGUUUGGAAUGUUCUGUAUAAUUGCAGCUUUCACUUUUGUAGGUAUCCUUGUAACCAUGUUGUUUCCAGAAACUAACCACCAACAACUGAAAACUUCUAAAAUACAAAAAGAACAAGAAGAUCGUAACUAUGGAAGUAUUUCUCAUG